AUGACUGUCUCCGCGCUUUCGUAUGGUAUGAGUGAUGUGCGAUUGAGCGUGUCGUCCUUUGAUGGCGCAUCACGGCUUAAGAAGUCUUUAGAGUCCGCCAACGACCUGCCAGCGCAGCCGGAGACGUUGACUAUGGAGCCUGACGAUGUCGUCAAGCUUACCUUUUAUGCUACACUGUCCUCUGGCGAGAAGGCUGCAAGAGAGCUGCUUCCACAUCAAGCGUGGGUCGUCAUGCACGAUGUGGAAACGAACAAUGCCUCGUAUACAUCUAUCUGGCCUCUUCAAGUCCGGGGCUCGUCGUCCUCAGUGUCUUGGAGCAUGCGAAUUGACCGGCUCAGCACAGCACUAAAGAACAAACUGGUAGAGGCUGGACCUGACCACACGUUCCGUCUAUCGCUCUUGCUCGCUUCUUUCGCUAAGGACGAUAGUACAACCGUUGAGCCUCUUGUGCAACCCUUUUUGGAUGUGCAGUUCGCCCAUGCCAUGCUGGACCGAUUUGCCUCUUCGAAGCCACUCAUCUCGCGGCGUCGCGAGGCUGAACAAGAGGAAGGCUUUUUCCCAAUCCCGCUGCACGAACACAUGUUCCGUGUCGAGCCUUGGCAGACCAUGCCGCCAUCGUCAUUGAGCCUUGGCGUUGCACUCAUUGUGUUUGGCUUGCCCUGGGCUUUGCUCUUACACAUGUGGCGCCCAUUGAUCCAAAAACGCGCCAAGCUAAGCACUUCCGCUGCUGUGCUUCUUUCGUGUGUCUGGGCUAUGGAAGUUCUAGCCUUCCUACACUGGGUCGGAACCCCUGUGAGAAUUGUCUUUCCUAUAACAGGCGUUGCGAUGCUCGUUGCACUCAUCGGUGGACGUGCCUCGCUUUCUGAGACAUGGAUUUACCGCGGCAGCAACACCUCCUCAGAUAGCGCCAAGUAA